AUGAAUGUGUCAUCAUCCAGAUCUCAUGCUAUAUUUACACUUCAUGUACGGCAACAUCGGAUGGUGAGAGAUGAGGCCCCACUGGAAGAUGGAAAAGACACUGAUUCCACCCAGACUGAGUUUGAGACCCUAACUGCCAAAUUUCACUUUGUAGAUCUGGCAGGCUCCGAAAGGUUGAAGAGAACAGGGGCAACAGGAGAUAGGGCUAAGGAAGGAAUCUCAAUUAACUGUGGUUUGCUUGCCCUGGGCAAUGUGAUAUCUGCUCUGGGAGACAAUACCAAACGGGGAAGUCAUGUGCCCUACAGGGAUUCAAAGCUGACCAGGUUGCUGCAGGAUUCAUUGGGGGGAAAUAGUCGAACUCUCAUGAUAGCUUGCAUAUCACCCUCCGACCGAGAUUUCAUGGAAACUUUAAACACCCUGAAGUAUGCAAACCGUGCUCGUAAUAUCAAGAAUAAAGUUACAGCUAACCAAGACAAGGCUAGCAGGCAGCUGGCUCAGCUCAGAGCUGAGAUUGCAACACUGCAGCAGGAGCUAAUGGAGUUUAAAACUGGCAAGAGAGCAAUAGAUGCAGACGGUGUGGAAUCUGUCAAUGACUUGGUUACAGAAAACAGCAUGCUGCAGUCAGAAAAUGACAAGUUGAGGCAGCGCAUCAAGGCCCUACAGGAUACUAUAGAGAUGCUGAAAGCUAGAAAUUCUCAGUUACUGGCUGAUGCUGCAGUAUUUUCUGUUCUUGGGACAGAUGGUCAGGCUAAAAAUGAAGAUGUCUCCAAUUUAAUCACAAAAUAUGUUCAUGAAAUAGAGGACUUGAAAACAAAAUUAGCUGAAUCAGAAUCCUUUUGUGAACACCUGAACAAAUCCACUGCCAGAUCUCCAAGAUUUUCAGCCAGAAUGUCACUCAGUUCUAUGUCACUGACAUCUUCAUUUGCUGGAGGAAUGGAAGCUCCAGUAUCACCUGACUAUAUGGAGACUUCUGUUCUUCAUGAUGCUAAAAAGGAAAUGAAGAGACUUAAGAAACUUCAGAAAUCGUAUUCACAUGCACCGAACCAAGAGAGUGACAAAGAAAAUAUUCAUGUUGGUGCCAGAAUCAGAGAUGACGAUCAGGCCACAAGCCAAGAGAAAUCUGAUGAAGAGAUUAAUGGG